AUGGUAAGUCGACUUGAGAUGGUCUUUUUAGCGAACGUAGUGUUGAAAUUGACGAAUUAUAUCGACAUCCACAAUUUCAUUCUUGUCAGUCAUAACUGUUAUGAGUCAGUUAAGUCACUUAAGACAACGCCUAAGUUAUCCAGUGCAAUAGAUCUCUCUUGGUUCCUUUCACAUUUUUAUUUGGACACAGUGGAUUUCGAUGAAGUUCAAAUUCCCGUUGAGAAGUACAUUUCCUCUGUUCAAUGCAUAAGAAAUCCUAACUUUUUAGAAGACGCAAUUGCAGGGAAACUAACUCAAAGUUACGCAGACACCAUUUUCCCAAAGGUUGUGAGUCUUUCUCUCUUAUAUCCAGUGUAUGAAAAAGACGACCCGUGCAACAAUUUAAUCAUCUCAAACUCUAAGAAAUUCAUGUCGUUGAGGAGACUCUCUGGAGACUUAGAACAGAUCUCGUUGUUCUUGAAGAACCUCACAGACAACGGCGAGGCAAUUGGAACAAAGUACCCCAAUCUUAUUGUCAUUGAUAGUUACUUGGAGUCCACAAUCGUCUUAAACGAGACGACACUCAAUCUUUUGAGAAGUGUCGAACUCUAUUUGAAAAAGUCGUACAACGAGAAGGUGUGUUACGUUGUCGCCGAAGUUCCUGAAGACAGAAGUUUAAUCGACUUUGUCAAGAAAGGGAAAUUUUACUGCAAAAACGCCGGGUCUGUGAUGUGUAAUAAAGACGACAUUUUCGGGGUUUGUGGCGACUUUGAGCUUUCAGGAGAAGUCGAGAGAAAAGGAGAGGACCUCAAAAUUUUGAAUGAAAGAAUCGGCGCCAAUUUGGACGCAGCAUCUGCAUUCUCCUUAACUCACAAAUAUAUGUCAAAUACUGAAUAUUCACUGGAACUUCCAGACAGUGUUCGUGAAUACAACAUUUGUGUUUCUUCUCUUCCAGAAUUGGUGGAUGCGAACUAUUUUAAAUAUCCAAUUAAUUUCAACAAAAUUGAGGUCUUAAAGUUAGUUUCAGUCUCGAAUGUGUCAUUGGAAGUCACUAACGCUCUGAAUUGUCUUGAGCUCAAGUCAUGUGAUUUUUGCGUUUUCACGAACGACGAGGACUCUCUCAUUGCGAUCGAAGAGAUCUUUGUCGAAGACAGUAAGCAUAUUCGCUUUUUGACACAUUCCGAGGCCAUUGUCGAGAAUGUGCACCUCUUCUCGGAUACUGAAAUUGACUUCAAUUGGUCCAUUAAAAACACCGAAAAUGUAGAAAUAGUGGAAAGCAGGAAUGUUGGCUUUGUAGGUGGCAUUUUCAGUGCGUCGUGUAUCUUUCAUGUUGAGAGAAGUACGGACACGGUGAUAAAAAAUGGUGAACAAAUUGCUUCGUAUAUCAAGGAAGUGAAUGUGGCGAAUUUUGUCAUUGGAAACACGGGGGAGACAAAGAGCUGCGUUCUUGCGAACAAACACUUUGUAUGUCAUUCAGUCGAUUAUUUGAUUAAUAAUCACUUCAGUUGCUACAACGAAGUCACAGAGAACGUCAGAAGCUUUCGACCCGAACGCAUAGUGUUAUUCACGAUCAAUAACUUUAAUGAAACCAGUGCAAAAGUCCCGUACUUUGAAGUCAAAGAGAAGGGGUGUAUGUUGAGUCUCGGGUUGUACGAUACGAAAGGAAGUGCACUCACAAAUAGCACAUACCCUAUACACGUUGGAUGGGAAAAUGGAUCACUUGGAAUACACACCGAUGAUUGGUGUCUCUACGGGUUGGAUAUUGGGGGUGAAGGAGAAAACGUGAAUGUUGCGUUCGACAAGUUUGAGAGUUGUGAGUGUGUGAUUGGAUGUGGGUACAACAACACAAGGAAAGAAGUCUUUUUCACGUUGAAUGGAAAAAUAGUCAAAAAGAUUGAAAUUCCAUGGAAGAAUAUCGGCGCCGCGUUUGCUGUGCAAAGGCUUGGAACGCUGUUUGUCAAUACAGGAGAUCAGAAGUUCACGUUUGAUAUCGAAAAUUACAAAUAG